CAAGUUUUACACAUGUCCCAACUGCUGAUCUAUUUCUCACGCUGUCUCGCCGAAUAAAUCUGAAUCUCCUCCGUUACGUUCACUCCACCACGCGCAUCACGAUGCACUCGACGAAGUCACGCCGGAAAGUGGCACCGAACGGAGCUUCAGCCGCCGUAGAUUACGGCGCAGACUCGGCAGACAAGCUGGAACAGCUCCUCCUCUCCUCGGCCAUCUGCAACAACGAAGACUUGGGCCCGUUCAUCCGCAAAGCGUUCUUGUCGGGGAAGCCCGAGACGCUGCUGCACCACCUCCGCCACUUCGCCCGAUCUAAAGAGUCCGAAAUCGAGGAGGUCUGUAAGGCCCACUACCAGGACUUCAUCCUCGCCGUGGAUGACCUCAAGUCACUCCUCUCCGACGUCGAUUCUCUCAAGUCCUCCCUCUCCGACUCCAAUUCGAGGCUGCAGUCCGUCGCCGGCCCACUUCUCUCUUCCCUCGAUGCCUUCCUUGAGUCCCGCACGGUUUCUCAAAACGUUAAUCUUGCCCUCCAAUCGCUCGCCAACUGUAUCCGUCUGAUCGAGGUCUGUUCCCGAUCAAACUACCACUUGUCCAACAACAACCUCUACAUGGCGUUGAAGUGCUUGGACUCCAUUGAGACCGAUUUCCUCGACAAAACGCCGUCUUCCACGCUGAAGAGGAUGCUGGAAAAGAAAAUCCCGGAGAUUCGGGCGUACAUAGAGAGGAAAGUGAGCAAAGAGUUUGGCGAUUGGCUGGUGGAGAUCCGGGUCGUGAGCCGCAACCUCGGCCAAUUAGCUAUCGGCCAAGCCUCCUCGGCGCGCCAGCGCGAAGAGGAUCUCCGAAUCAAGCAACGCCAAGCCGAGGAGCAGAGCCGGCUCAGUCUUCGCGACUGUGUUUAUGCUCUGCAGGAAGAGGACGACGACGAAGACGAUCACAACGCACCGAGCAAUGACAGUAACAGCAGCUUCGAUUUGACUCCUCUAUACAGAGCUUAUCACAUACAACAAACCCUAGGUCUUGAGGACCGGUUCAAGCAAUACUACUUCGAGAACCGGAAGCUCCAAUUGACGUCGGACUUUCAGGUAUCUUCUAUGACUCCGUUUCUAGAAUCCCAUCAAACAUUUUUCGCGCAGAUCGCCGGGUUUUUCAUUGUGGAAGACCGGAUUUUGAGGACUGGUGGGGGUUUGAUUUCGAAAUUGGAGGUCGAGAACUUGUGGGAGACAGCCGUGAGUAAAAUGUGUUCCGUCUUAGAGGACCAGUUUUCUAGGAUGCAGACUGCGAACCAUUUAUUGUUGAUUAAGGACUAUGUGAGCUUGUUGGGAGUGACUUUGAGAAGGUAUGGGUACCCGGUGGAUUCCUUGUUGGAUGUCUUGAGCAAACAUAGGGAUAAAUACCAUGAGCUUUUGUUGUCGGAUUGCCGGAGACAGAUUAGUGAAGCCCUCGCGGCCGAUAAGUUUGAGCAGAUGCUAAUGAAGAAGGAGUACGAGUAUUCUAUGAAUGUGCUUUCCUUUCAGCUACAAACGUCGGAUAUUGUGCCGGCCUUUCCAUAUGUGUCACCCUUUUCAUCUACGGUACCGGAUUGUUGUCGAAUUGUGAGGUCCUUUGUCGAGGAUUCCGUGAGUUUCAUGUCUUAUGGUGGGCAGUUGGAUUUUUAUGAUGUGGUUAAGAAGUAUUUAGAUAGGCUGUUGAGUGAGGUUCUGGAUGAGCAUUUAUCGAAGCUUAUCAAUACAUCUGUGCAUGGAGUUUCACAGGCUAUGCAGAUGGCUGCCAAUAUGGCUGUCAUGGAGCGUGCUUGUGAUUUCUUCUUUCGACAUGCAGCACAGCUCUCGGGGAUUCCCUUGAGAAUGGCUGAGAGGGGCAGGAGACCGUUUCCAUUGAGCAGAGCCCGUGAUGUGGCAGAAGAUAUGCUCUCUGGGUUGCUGAAAGCCAAGGUUGAUGGUUUCAUGACACUAAUUGAGAAUGUGAACUGGAUGGCUGAUGAGCCUCCGCAGAGUGGGAACGAAUAUUUAAAUGAGGUUAUUAUAUAUUUGGAAACUCUGGUUUCAACUGCUCAGCAAAUAUUGCCGGCUCAGGUCCUCAAAAGGGUUUUACAAGAUGUUCUUUCUCACAUCUCGGAGAGGAUUGUUGGAGAAUUAUAUGGUGACUCAGUUAAGAGGUUUAAUGUCAAUGCGAUAAUGGGGAUUGAUGUUGAUAUCCGGUUGUUAGAAUCGUUUGCGGACAAUCAAGCUCCAAUUUUCUCUGAUGGGGAUGCAAAUCAGUUGAAAAUGGCGCUUGCUGAGUCAAGGCAAUUGAUUAAUUUGCUCUUGAGCAAUCAUCCAGAGAAUUUUCUGAAUCCAGUAAUCAGAGAGAAGAGUUACAAUACUUUGGACCACAAGAAAGUCGUAAUAAUUUCAGAAAAGCUGAGGGAUUCUUCAGAUCGGCUAUUUGGAACCUUUGGGACACGGGGAGCCAAGCAGAACCCAAAAAAGAAGUCCCUGGACUCUUUGAUUAGAAGACUUAGGGAGGUUAGCUGAUUGUGUACGGGACUGUAUGUACAAUCCUUCUUCUUCUUCUUCUCUUACCUGUGCUGAUUGUCAUUUGGAUUUGUUCACAGUGGUUCUUUGCUAACAUUAUUUCUGAGGGUAAAGCUUGCCCAAUUGUUGUCCACUGACUGUCUCAGGAAAUUUUCAUAUUUUAUUUUGUAUGUAUCAUUCAUAAUAGCUAUGUAUUGGUUGUGUUUUGAUA